UCUUCUUCUCCUCCUUCUGCUUCUUCUUGGCCCACAUAAGGGGCCUCCGGCAACACUUGUUGCCCCAUUGACGCAACCUCUGACGACGACGGAGCGACGAGCCGACGACUAGAUAUACGAAUUUCGAAAGCAAGCUGUAGCAGUGAUUGCCUGCUGCUGUGCUUGGCAAGUCGUCCAUCUCAAGGUCCCAACGCGAUUGGUGGCAAGGCAGCUAUAAAUAUGAUACCAAGCAUUUUACUCAGGAGGUGGAGAUAAGAUCUUAAUGGGUGCAGGAGGUUCUGUGGAGCCAUUUUGGGCGCUCUAUGCAGUUCACAAAAAUCCUCAUGUAUUGAAAAUAUUUGAGAAUUACAGGAUAGGAAAUUUAGCAGCCCAGGACGUUGGAGCCAUGGUCAAAGAUAUGAGUGAUCCGUAUGGCAACGAACCAAGGAGACAUGUUACCCUAAAACCAGCAUCUCAGAAACCUUUCAAUGCAGAGACACCGCUGGCCUUCCUUGCUGAAAACCUCAUAACACCAAAUGAGUUAUUUUAUGUUCGGAACCACCUACCAGUGCCUGAAGUUGAUGCCAAGACUUACGAAUUAGAAAUAGUGGAUGAAACGUUAGAUAAAGAGAAGAUGAUAAAGCUGAGUGAUAUCAAAAAGUACCCGAAACAUACCAUAACUGCCACUAUUCAGUGUGCUGGUAACCGCAGGUCGGAGAUGAUGAAGGUGAAACCUGUAAAAGGUCUGAGUUGGGGCCAGGCUGCUAUUGGGAAUGCUACGUGGAGUGGAGCAAGAUUAUGUGAUGUACUUAAAGACAUGGGAGUGACUUUAGAAAAUACUACAGCACUUCAUGUACAGUUUGAAGGUUUGGAUACUGAUCCUGCAAGUAUGCCAUACGGCUCCAGUAUUCAGAUUGAAAAGGCAUUAGAUCCUCAAGGGGAUGUUAUUCUUGCAUACGAGAUGAAUGGAGAACCCAUCCCACGUGAUCAUGGAUUUCCCGUGCGUGUAGUUGUACCUGGGGUUGUUGGUGCAAGAAAUGUUAAAUGGCUUGGUAAGAUUGUAAUAUCAGAAAAAGAGUCUGAUGCUCAUUGGCAGCAAAAUGACUAUAAGGGAUUUGCUCCAAACAUCGAUUGGGAUACUGUAGAUUUCACAAAGUCACCAGCAAUUCAAGAAUUACCUGUUAUUUCUGCAAUAUGUGUCCCUGAAGAAGGUGAAACACUGAAAGUGGUUGAUGGCAAAGUCAGCCUAAAAGGCUAUGCUUGGAGUGGUGGUGGAAGGAAAAUUAUACGUGUUGACGUUUCAACUGAUGGAGGUAAGAGUUGGCAAGAAUCCGAUACUUUAGUAUCAGAUACUGCACGCCAUCCCCGUGCCUGGGGCUGGAGUCUCUGGGAGGCAGAGGUUCCUGUUAGUGAAGGCAUAUCUGAAACUCGGCUAUGCGUAAAAGCUGUGGAUUCACAAUACAACACCCAGCCUGAAAACUUUGAAAACAUUUGGAAUCUGCGAGGUGUAAUUAAUAAUGCUUAUCACAGAGUAAAUGUUAAACUUACCCGGUAGACUGAAUGUUCAUUUUGUUAGAUAAAUCACCAUUGUACUUAAGUGCAAUUUAGGAGAAAAUCUGUUGAAGUUAUGAAAGGGUGCUUAAGAUGUCAAAGUAGGCUACAGAUGUGGGUUGUUGGAGAUAUUGAAAAUUGUUUGAAAUUCUUUGUUGUAACUUUUGAAACAUCAUUGUUUUAAUGUUAAUGGAGCCUUUGCCACAUUCUGCUGUUAAUGAAAAAUAGAAGAGAUUGUUGGUGCUAGGAAGUCAAAGUUUGAUAAAAUUCUUGAAAAUCAAUACUCAGUGUGUAUAAGGUUUAGGGGGCUUGCAGAUUUUUUUAUGUAAUUCAGAUGAUUGGGAUUUUUUUUAGUGAAAUUUAUUAUUUUUUUUAUGCUUGAUGAUAAAAAGGUCAAUAAUGUAUGUAUAUAUUUUCAGUGCCUCAUACUACCCAAACUCUAAGUAAAAUUCAAGAGAUGCAAUGUGCAUUAUUGGAGUUGAAAUUAAAGCAUGUUUGUUAGUCUCUUUGAAAUAUUUUUUUGCAGUAAAUGCUACCUCAAUUAAGAGACCUAUUAAAAGUCACAUUUCCAUAUAUUUAAUUUUCCAUUUCCUAUAUUGUAAUUAUAGGACGUUAAUUGUGAAAAUUUUAUCUUACAGUACAUUGAAGGAGAAUUUUUCCCAGUUUUAGAUACUAUUACCAUGAUAUAUGACUACGUAUUGCAUUUAGAUUCAGAUAAGAUAGUCUUGUAAGUACAUCCUUACUCUAUGAUUUUUCCACUUUAGCUUAAUGUUGGAUUCCAGGCAGCAUAUUAAUUAUUCUUAUGAUCAUGUAAGGAACUGUCCAAUGUGUUAGAAUGAGUGAAUGGACCACAUACAGCUUAAUAUAUAAACAUAGACCCCAACUGGUAACAAGGGAUAUUUCUUUGUACAGUAUUCAGACAAGUCUGAGUGAGCAUCUAUUAUUUUACUUUUGCAAUACUACUUGUUUAAUUUUUUUUUUUUAGUACAUAUAGUGUUCCCCCCAUAUUUGUGGGAAUGCGUACCAGACCCCCCCCCCCCCCCCCCCACCCCCCCCCCCCCCCCCCAAAAGAGCUAGAAUCCUCAAAUAGUGGAAACCCCUAUAAAAAUGCUUAAAACUGUAUUUUGUUAGUUAAAACUCAAGAAAAAUCCACUAAAAAAGUUUAUACCUGAUUUUUUUUAACAGUUUUAUCACAAAAAGUUCAUUUUAUGAUGAAAUUGCUAAAAAAAACAGGAAUUUGUGGAUAUUUCUCAUAGAAAAAUAGCCUGAAUAGGCGAGCUUCCCACGAAUAUUGGAGGUACAUGUUCCAGAGAGAAAUCUGGGAAUAUGUGAGUCCGUAAAUCCGGGGGUGGUGGUGGGGGGGGGGGGGGGGGGGCGCCUCACGGUACAUUAGUACAUUUCUGUACAAGAGUGUAUAAGAUAUAGAGUACUAGCAGCAGCUAGUUCCUUUUUCCGUUGUGUUGUAUUUUUCACAGAAGGGAAUAGUGAAAUAUUAAUACUGUGUAACUGGUUUUGGGUUGUGAAUCAAUUACUUGUACAGUAUAAUUAGAUAUUUUCUUAAUAAUUUGCAGUACUUAUUACUUCCUUUUUCUCCACUGAUGUCAAGUACAUCUAGAAGCCAUGGUACACCAUAAUACAAGUAAGUGAGAUGGAUAAAUAAUACUUUCCAUGGAUUUCACUGCUUCAUAAGUUCUAUAUACAAGAAUCUUAGUCCUGAAAGUUAAUAAUUUUUGUUGGUUUUCCACUUAAUCUGUUUACAUUUUUGCUCAUUUUUUAAGGUUUUUAUAGGAAUAAAAAGUUUUUGUAGUACUUAUUAGUUUUGGUUUUUACUGUAAUGUACAGUGGUGGAGACACGCCAGACAUUCUGCAAGAGAAGUGUUACUAUAUUACUAGAGGAACUUCCAAAGUAAUUUUAAUGUGUUUAGGAAUGUGCUGCUCUUUCUCUCUCUCUCUCUUUCCCCUAUGGACGCAUUUCAUCUAAGCUCCCGAAUGUGACAAAAUCAACAGAAGUUAUUAAAUUUGGAUUUAUCUUGUUUCAGACAGGAUAGUAUUUUGUUGCUUCAUUACCACACAUGAAUUAAUGAGAUAAUUCAGAAAAAAUUAAAAUGGUUUAGACAUAUGCUAUCAGGGUAUAUAUAGCAACCAAAAGCUGUGGUGUAAAAGGUUCGAACAUGUUUUUAAGUAUAAUCAAAGGUAUGAUUUUGCACGACUUUAUAAUAUGACCAUAUCAACUGAUAUUAUAUUCUGGUGUAACUCUAGAUGAUGCUUUGCAAAGACUGCAACAGUAUUUUACAUUUAUUUUAAGAAUUUAGCUACUAUUUUAUGUAAUCAGUUCAGAUUUUAUUUAUUAAAACUGGGAGCAUAGAUUAUUCUUUUCCUAAGCACACGACUAACCCAUGAGCAAGGCCAAAAUUGUAAACCUGUCUAGGUAAUCAUUUUUGGAUACAGGAUGCAGUACAUAUCUGUAUUUGGCUUAGAUAUUGCUCGCACUUUCACUUGUAUUUCUAAUUAGAAAUAUUCAGAACUGAAUAAUUAAGACAUUUUAAUACCAGUAUUUUAUGCUCUCUCUUUUUUCUUACAUUAUCCCAAACUUGCAGAGGAUUCUCACAAAUAUGUACUUAAAAUGCAGAAGCAAAACUUAUUAUGGUGCUGGUAGUGAAAUGCUUUAAUACAUAAGGUUUUCCUGUUAAUCAAAUUUGUGACCAUUUCUUUGUUAAUAGUAGUCUAAAGGGUAACAAGAUUUUAAAAUUAUUUUUUACAGUAUCUAUUUAAAAGUAGUACAGUACUUACAGCAUUGCUGUAGUAUACAUUUAAAAAGUAGUAUAGUACUUACAGCAUUGCUGUAUACUAUUUAAAAGUAGUACAGUACUUACAGCAUUGCUGUAUACUGACAGCUCUCUCUCUCCCUUUAUGUCUCUCAUACAAUACUGCAAGUACUUCAUGAAAUUGGAAACUAGACUGAAAAGUAUCUGAAGUUGUUAUAAAAGAUUUAUAUUUCUGUUGACUUUUGAAUUGUUUAAUAUAUAUUGUAAUUAA